AAAGCUGUGUAGGAAGCUUGCUCUUUUUAAAUAUUUUUUCAGAGGUUAAAAAUUAAGUUUCAGAAGACCCUGGGAUGGCCAGUCUUUUGCAGAGACACGGAUUCUGAACACCUCCAACAUGAAGCGUGUUCAUGCUGCUUUGUUAUUUCUGAGCUUCUGCUUAACUUCCUGCGAGGUCCCUUCAGCAGGAGCUGUCCCCCAGGAAGACCUGGUGGAUACAAAGUGCUUACUGAACAAAUACACACAUCGUUCCUGCAGCAAAGUCUUCUGCCAGCCCUGGGAGAAGUGUGUGGAUGGGACCUGUACCUGCAAACUCCCCUAUCAGUGUCCCAAGAAUGGCACAUCUGUGUGCUCAACUGAUGGGAAAAGCUACCCGACUUACUGCCAUCUGAAGAGUUAUGGAUGCUUGAAUCGAAGGGCAAAAUUUUUAAAAAACGGAAUAUGCACAGCUGAAGGAAAAUUUAGCGUUACCUUAAAUUUUGGAAAUACAGAUUCAGAGGGAAUUGUUAAAGUAAAACUUGUGGGCCAAGACAAGGAAAUGUUCAUCUGUAAAAACAACUGGGGCAUGGUGGAAGCCAACGUGGCCUGCUAUGACAGCGGAUUUCCACAAGGUGCUCUUAACACUGCGAAGUGGAUUCAUAGUUCUGGAGACACGAGCAACACAGAAUGCUUGCAAGUGCGCUGUCAGGGAUUUGAGACCACUUUGGCUGAGUGCUCCUUUUCCAAGAGAAGAUUUCUGGGGCAACAGGAGGUGGCAACUGUGCUCUGUUACACACCAGAUGCAGAUCUCCAGGCACACGAGUCCUUUCAGUGCGUGAACGGGAAGCCCAUUCCCCUGGGGAGAGCCUGCGAUGGGGUCAAUGACUGCGGAGACCAAAGUGACGAGCUGUGCUGUAGAGGGUGCCAAGAAGGAAGUUUCCUCUGCAAGUCUGGCGUCUGCAUUCCAAACCAGCACAGGUGCAACGGCGAGGUGGACUGCAUCACAGGGGAGGACGAGAUUGGCUGUGCAGAGUCCCAUGAAGGACGCGCCCCAGCCACCCCCCUGUCCAGGUCCUUCCAGGAUGGGCUCUUGCACUCAGGAGUUGAACACCCUGAGGUUCCAGAAGAAACAGAAAUUUUGACUGCAGCUAUGGAUACAGAAAGAAAAUGGAUAAAGUCAUUAUUACCGAAAAUAUCCUGCGGAAUUAAAAGGCCCACGCACACUCGGAGGAAGCGAAUCGUGGGAGGGAAGCCUGCACAAACGGGCGACUUCCCGUGGCAGGUGGCAAUUAAGGAAGAGGGUAAAAUCAAAUGUGGUGGAAUUUAUAUCGGUGGCUGCUGGAUUCUGACGGCUGCACACUGCGUCAGACCUAGUAGAGCUCACCAUUACCAAAUAUGGACUUCACUCAUAGACUGGAUACAACUUAAUUCCGGAAUAGGUGUUCAAAAGGUGGAAAGAAUCAUUAUCCAUGAAGGCUACAAUGGAACUACUUAUCAAAAUGACAUUGCUUUGAUUGAAAUGAAAAAACAUCUCAAACAGGAAGAAUGUGUGUUCGCUAAUUCCAUCCCUGCCUGUGUCCCCUGGUCUCCAUACCUAUUCCAACCUAAGGACAGCUGCAUCAUUUCUGGCUGGGGUAGAGAAAAAGAUAAUCAAAAAGUCUAUUCGCUUAGGUGGGGUGAAGUUAACCUAAUAAGCAACUGUUCUCAGUAUUACCCAAAUCGCUACUAUGAAAAAGAAAUGGAGUGUGCAGGCACAACUGAUGGUUCCAUUGAUGCCUGUAAAGGGGACUCUGGGGGGCCCCUCGUCUGUACAAAUGCCAACAACGUGACUUAUGUUUGGGGCAUUGUGAGUUGGGGUGAAAACUGUGGACAGCCAGAGUUCCCAGGAGUUUACACCAAAGUGGCCAAUUACUUUGACUGGAUCAGCUAUCAUGUGGGAAGGGCUCUUAUUUCUCAGUACAAUGUCUGAAAUGGUGAUCUUCCUACCAGAACUUUCACUUUAAUUGAAUCAAACUGUAAACUUUUCUGCUUUCCUUAGAGAAAAAAAAAAAAGGAAACAAAUUUUACUAGAUACAGUAUCAUUAAAGUUCUCAUCAAAGUGUUUGCCAAAUUGGAAUUUUUGCUGUGCAAUUCUCAAAUAAAUAUUUUGGUCAAACAACACUGAGCUAUA